AAAAAAAAAAAAACAAAACAAAACAAAAAACACCCAUACACAGUUUAAUUCUGGCAUUUGGUUUUGGUCAUCACCAUGUACAUGAACUUGUAAUAGACUUUGUUUAUGGUGUGUGCAGUGAAGGGGAGAAAGCACAAGAAAUAUAGACUGGGCCUAUAUAGGGACCAAAAUUGUAAAAAAAAAAAGAAAACCUGUAUCAUCUUUCGUUGCACCAUUGAACUCCCACAUACUUAAAAACAAAUUGCAUCAGCCCAAAUCUUGUCCUUUUUUAUUCAACAGUAACAUAGGAAGAAAGAACUACUGGACACGUUCGUUUGGAAAAAAUAAGCCAGGAGAAGUUGUCACUACUGGUUACUGAACAGAGCUUACAGAUAUGCCACUCUCAUGCUUCAAAUGCAAACAUCACUUUAAAGAUUCAAGAAAGCUUGCCUUACAUCUGCGUAACUUUCAUUAUUUGGGUGACUACAAUGACUUAAUAUGCGGUCAAGAAGGAUGUCGACAAACAUUUAAAUUGGUAAAUUCACUUCUUCGUCACAUAAAACGCCACCACCAGAAUGUUGGAAUUGUUGCACCGCCACCUGUUGUCGAAGAACGGGUAGUCAGUGACCUUUCAAGUGAGGAAAGUGAUGAAGAUGCUGAAGAUAUGGUUCAUGUUGAAGUUGAAGAGAUUCCUGAUAUUAACUUGAAUGUGCUUAAACAAAAGGCUGCAUCAUUCAUUUUGCAUAUGAGAGGACAUGCAAGCACCACCCUUACAUCUGUUAAUGCUUACAUAAACACAACGCAAUCAUUGAUGACGGAAAACAUAGGAGUUCUGAAAGAUCAAGUUUUAAAAUUACUAGGUGAAAAAAACGUGGAUGUUAAUUCAGAUGAUGUCCAAGAACUUCUGGCAAAAUUUGACCUGGUUUCAAAUCCAUUUGAAGGGUUAGAAACAGUUGACCAACAAAACAAAUUCUUCCUGGAACACUGUCAGUUAGUUCCCUCAAAAGCCAUAGCUCUUGGAACCAGGUAUGACCAGUUUGUAGAUAAAAAUACUGGCACUGUACAACAAAAACUUGUAACAGAGACAUUUCAAUAUGUAUCAGUAAUACAAACAUUAACAGCCAUUCUGUCAUCUCCGUCACUUCGAGCUUUGUUAGAAAGUGAGGAGACUACUGAAGAAGGAUUUCUGGCUUCCCAUAAGGAUGGACAACAGUUUAUUGAACAAGGAGGGUUUGAUGGCCACCCAGACACAUUAAGGAUCCAACUCUAUUAUGAUGAUGUAGAGGUAGCAAACCCACUAGGCUCAAAAAGAGUGAUUCACAAGUUAGGGUUAUUUUAUUUCAGUAUUGAGAAUUUGCCCAAGGUGUACAACAGAGACAUGCAGUCUAUUCACUUGGUGGCAGUAUGUCAUUCUCUUGACCUGAAGACAUAUGGGUUUGAACCAAUAUUGAAGCAGUUAAAGGAUGAACUACAUCAGCUUGAGUCAGAUAUGGGUUGUAUGGUUGAAGUGAAAGAUUGUGGACCAAUGUGCAUCCGAGCUGCCCUUACUCGUGUCGUUGGUGACUCUGUUGCAGUGCAUGAUGUUUUCAAUUUUCUUAGUCCUUCGGCUAACCAUUUUUGCCGGAUGUGUCUCUGUUCGAGAGAAACUGCCCAGACACAAUUUCUGGAAGAAAAGUUUGAGUUGCGCAAUAUAGAAUCUCAUGAUAGGCAUGCAGAUGAAGCAGCUCAACUGCCAAAUGGCAAUUCUGUCACAGGAGUAAGAGGGAAGUGUUGUUUAAAUGAGCUCCGUUACUUCCAUGUUACAACAAACUGUAAUUUUGAUGUAAUGCACGACAUCUUUGAGGGUGUGGCACCAUUUGAAGUAAAGCUUGUUCUUAGACAGCUGUUAUUAGUAGACAAUGUUAUGACAGUGGAUCAAUUCAAUGCACGGGUGAAAAGUUUUGCAUAUCCAUUCAUGGAGAGGAAGAACAAACCAAGUGUCAACCUUACAAGACCAGGACUACAGAAUGAAGGUGAUCACAAACUAGGGCAAAAAGCAGCACAGAUGGCCUGCCUUCUAAGAAUGUUUCCUUUUCUUAUUGGAGAUCAGGUGCCUGUGGGAAAUCGCUACUAUGAGUUGAUCUUACUAUUAUUGAGAUGUACUGAGAUUGUUCUUGCUGUUCCUGUUCGCAAAUCCCAUGUCUACUAUCUGAAACAUUUAAUUGUUCAGCAUCAUGCUCAUUUCAAAGAAUUAUUCCCAGACAUCAACUUAAUCAACAAGCACCACCACAUGAUACACUAUGCAACAUGUAUUCUAAGAACCGGGCCUUUGGGAAAUGCAUCGUGCUUCAAAUACGAAGCAAAGAAUGCUUUCAGCAAGAAGAUAGGGCAUGUAAAUGCAAAUUUUAGGAACAUUUGCAAGUCAGUUGCCGCCAAGAUACAACUUCAUCAUUGUGCUACAUGGCAGAGUGGAAUCAGCACAAGAUUCAAGUGUUCUAGUGGUGGGACUGUUAGAGUAGAAAACCUUGAAGGUGGUCUGGCUGUACAAGAACUGGGACUGGAUAUAGCACAAGUGUUUGUUGCCAACGAAGUUGAAAUAUUUGGAACUGCGUACAGAUCAAACUUGUAUAUCGUUGUUGAUGUCUCUGAUGAUGAUGACCAUGUGCCUACAUUUGGGCUAAUUUCGUCUGUGCUAGUGGGAUUACAUGGUGAACAGGAGGCACAUUUCCUGAUAAAAAGAUGUUCAACUGGAGAUUUUGUUCCACACUUACAUUCGUACCCAGUGAUAGUUCAUAAUCCCCCUGCAUUCAGUAUUAUCAAGGCUGGUGACCUUCAACAUUUUCUCCCGUAUUCUGGAUUACACACCCUGAGUAAGGAAGACAGCAACACAUACAUUCAGCUCCGAUAUAUUGCGUAUUAAUAGGAUGGCAGCUAGGAAGAACCAUCACCCAACCAAAAAAAGAGAAAAUGGCAUUGACAGUGAGGAGGUCAUCUCAUCAAUGACAGAAGAGGACUUCAAAGAAUGUGGCUUCACCCUCUUCGGUGAAAGGAGGAAGUUGAUGAUAGCCCUGAAGAGUGAUCGUUUUGGCCAAUCUCCACAGACUCUAGUCUCCGGAAGCAGCAGCAGUGCAGCAAUUACUGAUACAUCUAGUGCAACAGUGCCAAAUGAAGAUGUCAGCAGCCCCAAGUUCUCCUUGAAAUUUUGUGGCAAUGAUCCUACGGAUUACAACAUCAGUGCAAUCCUUAGUACUCACAAGAAUGGAGGCAAAAUUCUUGCUGAGCUCGAAAAAAGAAGAAAUCGCAACCUCGACAAGAAAGGAGUUGGUACAGAUAGUGACAAGUAACCUGACUAAUCAGGUUGGGUCACUGUAAGUACUAUUUUGCUCUACACAAGUUUUUUCAUCUGUAUGCUGGUACUUCUACAUCAAGGCAGAAGAAUAAUUUAGUUAUACUCCCAACUUGUGCAUGUACUAUUUUGCUCUACACAAGUUUUUUCAUCUGUAUGCUGGUACUUCUACAUCAAGGCAGAAGAAUAAUUUAGUUAUACUCCCAACUUGUGCAUGUACAUGCAAAUGUGUCCUUUGAAAAGCAGAUAUGUUUGUAUGUAAAAAGCUGUGAUGUAGCCAUGGGGAGGGGGGGUACCCAAGGAGGCACAUGUCCCCCUCCCAACGAAUUCCCAAUGUCCCCCCUCUUCGGUGCCCCCUGCCAGAAAAACAACAUACACUAUUUAAAGCAGGCACCCCCAAUGAAAUGCUGAUGCUCCCUGGUAAAGAUUGGAGCAGGGUUUCCCUGAACAGUCCUGGUUAGGGGAGUAUAAAA